CGUGGUGCUGCUUCCUUGCACGUUUUUACCCGAGAAAUGCGCGCUCCAACAAUUUCCAAACCACCAUGGCGAAGCUUCCAUGAAACGAAUCGCGAAUUAACGCCGAUUUUAUUGCCACCCCGACGAUGAAGAAGAAGGCUUGCUGAGUUUUUUUUGAGAGAUCUCGAGCUCGAUAUAAACACGCCGUGUUGUUGUGUCACCGAUCACGAGCUGAGCUGGAUCGCGGUGGACGCAUCUCGCCGGCCUCAUCGAUGAUGGCUCGCGCAACGGCGGCGGGGAUGAUGGCGCUGGAGGUGACGGUGGUGUCCGCGGAGGAGGUGGUGCUCCCGACGGGGCGGGCGCUGGGCGGCGGCGCGUACGCCGUGGUGCGCACGGCGUCGGCGGCCGCGUGCACCCACGUCGACGAGGACUCGUACGGCGACUGCAACGGGUACCCGUACUGGAGCGAGGCGGUGCGGGUGGCCGUGCCGGCCGGGGCGGGCGGCCUGGCCGUCGAGAUCUGCCGGAGGAGGUCGAACGGCCGGGUGGAGACGGUGGCGGCGGCGCGCGUCCCCGCCGACGACUUCAUGGUCGGCCCGCCGGGGCACCUGCAUUGCCUCAGCUACCGCCUGUUCGACGCCGCCGGGGGCAGGUCGAGCCGCCGCAACGGCAUCGUGAACAUCACCGUCAGGAGGACGGACGUCAAGCACACCGCGCCGCCGCCGCCGCCGCCGGUAAAGGCCACGAACGCCCGGGCCAGCGCGAGCGGUGGCUCCUGCUACGGCGUGCCGCCGGCGGGCGCGGCCAUGGGCUACCCUGUCGGAUUCCCGGCCGAUGGCAGGGCCUGCGUAUAGGAUGAUGAUGUCAUUGAUUUUUGUCUCCACAUUGGCACAUUGCAUUUUUCAUAUAUUCUUGAUAAAGGCUGUAAAUAUAAUCAUCCUGAUUCAUCCAAUUCAUCAUGAUUUUUUUAUAAUUAUUUUGUUGCUGUUUUAGUGGUAUAUAAGAAAUAAACGAAUGGGCGAGCAAAUUGUAAAAAUCCAUGAAAGGAAAUAUUAUGUUUUGUUAAUGUUUUUCUUA